CAACAUCCACGAAACCGAUCCCAGAUCCCAGCGCAGACCAUAUCUCCCACCAUGGCUGCCACUCAAGAAGCUCCCGUUGACUACAGUCUUGCCAACCCUGACACCCUGACCAAGUACAAGACCGCCGCUACGAUCUCGCAAAAGGUCCUCGAGACAGUCUCAGGAUGGUGCACCGAUGGAGCCAAGAUCGUCGACAUCUGCCAACGCGGCGACAAACUCCUGGAUGAAGAGGUGUCAAAGGUCUACAAGGGAAAGAAGAUCGCAAAAGGCAUCUCGCACCCGUGCACAGUCUCGCCAAGCACAUACGUGACGCCAUACACUCCUCUCACCACCGAUGCCGAAGAAGCGGAGACAACAAUCAAGGCUGGAGAAGCGGUCAAGAUUCAACUCGGCGCUCAGAUCGAUGGAUUCGGUUCAAUCGUCUGCGACACCGUCAUUGUUCCCGAGAAGAAUGCCUCUGACAAGACCAUCUCUGGGAGGACUGCCGAUUUGCUCCUUGCUACGUACUGGGCCAACGAGGUCAUGCUCCGUACAUUGCUGCCACCGGGUCUGUUGGCUGCUGGCACUGAGGAAGAGAAGAAGAAGGCACAGGCCGUCAAGCCAUACAGCCAGUCGAAGAUCACGCAGCUGCUGGAGAAGGUGGUGAAGAGCUACGAUUGCAAUCUGGUCGAGAACACUACAUCCUGGGUAUUCGAGCGCAAUGAGAUUGAGGGCAAGAAGAGAAUCAUCACCGCGCCAGGCGAGGGCACCAAGGGCGAGGGUCUGCCAGAGGUUGGUGAGGCUUGGGGUGUGGAGAUUGGUGUGAGCACUGGAACUGGCAAGGUCAAGACUUUCCCGAACAGACCGACUCUGCACCGCAGGACUACCACUACUUACGGCUUAAAGCGCCCUUCUUCGAGAGCGACACUUUCCGAAGUCAAGCAAAAGUUUGGAACAUUCCCUUUCAGCUUGAGGCAAUUGGACGAUGAGCGUUCAGGCAAGGUUGGUGUUGUCGAAUGCGUGCGUGGUGGUGUCAUUCGUCAGUACGAGGUGAUUGGCGCGACUGACGGCGAGCCCGUCAGCCGUCUCUUCACGACAGUCGCUGUCACCAAGAAUGGCGUCCAGAAGUUGGCCGCACCUCCAGUGCCGGACAUUGCCCAGUGGAAGUCUGACAAGAAGAUCACCGACGAGGAGGUCCUCAAGAUCCUUGAGCUCCCACUUUCCAAGUCGAGCGCGAAGCCAAAGAAGGCGAACAAGAAGAAGAAGAAGCCUGCCAAGAAGGCCGCUGCUGCCAAGGAGGAAGAAGAGUCGGAUGAGGAGGAGGAGAGCAGCGAUGAGGAGUAGGUCAUCGGAAUGCCAGUUCACACUUGACUAUGGUGUGAGAGCAUGAACACCGCGGAACAAAAGCCUCCGUUGUGGCUCCUGCGAAGCUCGUCGGACGACUCGAAGUGGAAUCUCCAAGUGGCGACUUCGCGCCGGGACCCAGGCACGCAAGGAAUCCGAAAUGGACCUGAAGAGCUAUGGAUCUCCUUCUACAAAAUACAAAGCAAAUCGACAUAGCUCUGCUCCCAUG